AUGGGUAAAAUGCUUCUCCACCAGCUCACAGAGAAUGGUCAAAACGAUGCAGUGAAGCCAUCUGAAGCCAACGGUGUCUCACAUGAGAAAAGCGGCCAAGAUUUCGUCAACCGCAUCACCUCUAUUCCUCUGGUAAAGGACGGUGUUAUGACAGCUCACACCAUUGCCAACAAGACCUCGCUCGGUAGAUUUGCCUUAUCCACUGCAAAUUCAACGUUGAGCACAGUUGCUCAGUACGCAUCAAACAAUCAGCCACUCCAAAACUAUUAUCAAGCAUAUGUACAGCCUCAAAUCAAGAAAGCGGACGCCUUUGGAUGCCGUUCACUUGAUACGUUGCAAACCAAAGUACCUAUUAUCAAUCAACCUAGCGCUGAAAUUAUCCACACGUUGACCGAACCGCCCAGCAAGAUUAUCAAUGGCGUUAAAGUUAGAAUUAAUAGCACCGUUGAAACUGUCACUCAUCCAGCACAUGUUGUUGUACAAAAUGCCAACAAGAGACUUACAGUUGCCGUGAAUAAUCUUGAGGGCGCUGUCGACAGAUAUUUGCCUCCUCCCACCUCAAAUGGCCAUAGUGUUAAAUCAAACGGCACUACUAAACAUACAAACAAGGACGUUUCUGCCACCAAUAACCAAAUAAUGCGAGUGUAUGGUGUUAUGAACGAAGCAUCUCGCCGAUUGACGGUUAAAGUGUCUGAUCAAGUCAGCCGAUCUACAUCUGGCAUUCCUAAAUCUCGAGAAGAUGUGUCUCAGCUGGCUUUGGUCCAGAAGUUACAAAAAAACAUCAAGCUUAUUCAAGACACGUUGGCUGAAUCUGUCACUGUCUACAGCGAGGCUGCCCAGAGACAUUUACCCAGCUCUGUCACUACAAGCGCUACUCGAGCCAGCGAAUUGGUUGCACAGUUUACGCAGAACAUCCAACAACAGGUUGCUGGCUUGACAGAAUACAUCAAAUCUCCUCAGGUCCCUGAAUGGUUGAAGCAAAGAUUAACAACUGUCGUUGGCACUAUCAACCAACAACUGGCAUCGAUCAAGACUGAACUUGCUCGCACCGAUAUCACUUAUAUUGAAAAGGCUAAAGGCGUCGCUGGUAAACUCCAAGAACAGAUUUUACCUUUGUUGGAAAACAUGAACUCUCAAAUCAAGAGCUACGUUGAUUUGGUUAAAGAAAAGGCACAGCAUGAAAUGAAUACACCUCUUCAUUACUUUGGCCUCGACCAAAAGAUGAAAGCCGAUUAA